GAAUCAUUGAACACUGUCAAUUCCGAAGUGCCCCGUUGAAGAGACGUAUUGGAGGACGACGUUUCAUGACCUGUGAUACUAUCUCUGACGCUUCGCUGCUUCCUGAGGCGACUCUGAGGAGUAGAUCGGCAAGCGUCCUAUCGGGUUUCUCCAUCUGCGGAAGAGCUACUAAGGUGUGCUGAAGGUUUCGCACUGACGGUCUCACUUUGUCAGUUCGACGCCUCGUCGCACAGCCAACCGUCUUAUCGCAAAGCAUUCUUCGAAAUCAGCUCUAACAAUCCGUACGCAAUCAUGAGCAAGGAGGAAGACGAGGAAGGCAUUGGAACCGAGGACGAAAUAGUGGAGGAUGACGAAGAGAUCCGCUGCAUUUGUGGAUUCACUGACGAUGACGGGAAUACCAUCGCUUGUGACAAGUGUGGAGUGUGGCAACACAUGGUGUGUGUUGGAGUCGAUCACCGACAUGUUCCCGAUGUGUACUUUUGCGAUGCGUGUGACCCUCGAGAGUUGGAUGUGGCCGGUGCCGUCGAGCUUCAGAAACGAAGAAGAGAACGGAAGAAUAGAGGGAAAGGUAGGGGAGGUGGCAACAGGAAGGAUGGACAGGAAAAAUGUUCACCAAAAAAGCGGAAGGAAGGAGAUAAGCCGGAUUCCAGACUUGAGAAACAAGCGAGGAACAGAAUAAAAGUUCGAGCAAAGCCAAGUAGCAUUGCCAACGCAAGUCCUCCAGAAGUGCGAAGACGCCGAAAGGGGCGACCGACGGUAACGGGUACAGUUGGCACACCACAGUCCAAUAGAGACGGACACUUGAAAGCGGACGAGGACGAAAACGACGCACCAAAACCUGGAACGGCAUAUGAAGCCGAAUAUUACUCUCACUCGUCAAAGUUUGGAGAGCUCUCAUUCCCCCGAUUUGCGAGUACACAUAUUGGCACACACAUAGAACACGUUUGGAGCGACUGGAGACAAAGUAAUGAGUUCAAAUCUCGACGGGAGAGCAACACGGACCUUGAUACUGGAGCUCUAGUGCCGCUCUCGGUUGACUGGCUGCUGGAUCAAAUUCCGGUAGCUGUUUGGGACCCUUUACCCCCGAACCCUGUAUCAGGUGUUAGGCGAUUUGCUCUUUUCGCCACGGUCGAUAUUCCUGCAAACACCUAUGUGACAGAUAUCAAAGGAGCUCUUUCCGGCAAGGAAAAUUUAGAAAAAGCGAAAGGAUUGGAUCUUCUGGAAGUUGAUAAUUGUGUCCUAGCGCCGCCAUUUGUAUUUGCACAUCCUGCUCAUGCCCUGCGAAUGGGCGACCAACCGUUAGCAGUGGAUGCUAGAGAAUGGGGUGAACGAGGUGGUCGUUAUGUCAGAUACUGGUGUGGAGGGGACGAUGCCAUGUCAUCAAAAUGCAAUGCUCAUCUGAGAAGUGUAACGGUAUAUGAGGAAAAUGAUGAUGAGACUGACGAACCUUUAGUUGAAGAUGGCAGCGGGCUGACUUUGAACGAGAAGAUUAUGCUUGCAAUCUUCACGACCAAACGAGUGGGACCCGCGGAAGAGAUUGUACUUGGGAAAGGAGCCACUGGCUGGAUUGGAUAUCCCUGCAUAUGUGAAGAUUUAGAUGCAUGUCUCGUUGCGAAAGGAGUGGAAUUGCACGAGCGGAUCAUCAACGGAGAACCCGAGGAGACUCUACUCAAGGGUGGAAGGAGACGGCGUAAGAGUGGAUCACGCAAGGGGAAAAAUGGGCAGGAUUUCCGAAGUGAGGAUGAGAUAGAGGAAGACCGUGAGGAACGUGUGGUACCAGAUAUUCCUGCCACGCCUGAUAAUCAGACACACGGUGGAGAACUCGAUUUGUUCGCAGCUUCGAGCAGCGGAAAACGACUGUCUCGGGAGGAGAAGAAGCUACAAGAUCAAUUAGCAAGAAUUGAGCGAAUGGAGCGGGAGGCUCAACAGAAAAGGAUGCGACAGGAAAAGAGAGCCCGGACUAAAUCUGGUGGAACAUCAGUGGACGAGGCAGAACAUCCUCGCGAAGCGGAGUCUCUCAACCGAAAGCGACGCAGAGACAAUGCGGACGAGACCGUUGUAGUUUCUGAGCCUAGGGAGAUGCGACAAAAUGAACAUUCGACCGGUGGAGCCCUAAAGCGGCAAAAAGUGUCACCAGACCUCCCGUCCCCUAGUCCAAUGCCACGUCGAGGAGGAUUCAAGGCCUGGAUCUUUGCGCAAGAGGAAGCGAGGGAGGCUAAGGCGAAAGAACAAGAAGUAGAGGCUGAUCGGGCAACACAGGCGGCGAGAGAUGAGAUCGAACAAAGUUUCGACGAACCUGCCACUGAGGAGGUCACACACGAGCCAGACAAUAUGAAACGCAAACUUUCCGAGUCUCCACCACCGUUGCGGGUUGAGGGAGCUAACAAUGAGGGUUUGAAUGGUUCUAAAAGGCAAAAGAUUGAGGUGUCGGAGACAUCCAAUGGGUCCGUUGACACUGGCGCAGUCAGCUCUUCUACCGCACUAAGCAAGCAAGCCCCUGACAAUGAAAUUGCAAAGGGGCAGACCGUGUCCUCAACAUCCUCGUCUCCAGACACCCCAGCUACACCAGCUGCAACGCCAGGUGUAAUACGUAAAGUCUCCCUUCAGGAAUUUAUGGCAAAGAAAAGGCUUAUGGCUUCUUCUGCGCCCUCUACUCCAUCCAUCCCGGAAUCAACUACAGGUAACUCUUCUGUUAUGCAAGAGUAUCCUUUUCCGAAGAUGGAUAAAUCCAAUGAAGAGGCGGUGAGCAAGAGUGCCAGCGUUGGAACAUCCCUUCCGGAGGGCAAGCUGGAUGAUACGAAAAGUUUGACCAGACAGGUCACGGUAGAACAUAUGACAGUCUGUGAGCAGCGUGCUGUAAACUCCCGCAAAAGUGACGAUGUGAUGACAUCCGACCUGUCAAGCUCUUCGGCGAGUGAGUCCCGCAGCGAUGGUCAGUUUCCGAAGUUUCCCACUUCGGGACUUGCUUCUAUCUUUGGUGUUCAAAAAGAGGUUGGAAUGAAGGCACUGUCUGUAGCGACAGAAGUAUCGGAUAAGCUGGACACUGGAAAUAGCCUUGAGCAACGUGCCAGCAAUUCCUCAAUCGCCGCUACUGCGUUUGCGGAAAACCCCGAAUUGGAAGGCUCAUUGGAACGACGUGCGACAAUUUCCGAAAGUUCCGAGCGCACGCGAAAGCGCGAGAUGACACCACCUCUACCGUCAUCGACCCCGCUAAUAGCUUCAACCAGUAGUCAGGGGCCGCAUCCUGCACCGCGAUCGCCACCUCAGUUACAGCCGCCGCCCGCUCCUUCGUCUCUACAGUCACCCGCGAAAUCCGUUAAUCCACCGGCAUAUCAACCCGGAAUGUACUCUACUUAUCAUCCUCCGUCGGCACUCCCACCACCACCUCCUCCUUACCCGUCACGGCGACCUUCGUAUCCGGGAUAUGGUGGGUAUAGUGGAUACUAUGCCCCCGACCGAGGGCAUCCUCCACUGGAGCGCAUGGACCGUCCUCCGCCACCAACCGAACGGCCCCCACCACCGCAUAUGGACGGUAUUGCUGGUGGAUACUCCACUCGACCCCCUCCACAUCACUACAGACGACCUGGGCCACCCCCCAGAUACUCUCAGGCUCCGCGAGAGUACUAUGAUCGACAUGCAGCACACCCAGGUCCAAAGUCAGGUAUUAACAGCGUUGGGGGACCUCAAUCUAUGUUGAGUGGAUACGACUACGACCGAGAGAGGGAUCCUGAACGGGAGCGAGAGCGACUGGAUUGGGAACGAGGGCGGGAGAGAGACUGGGAUCGACGGGAGUGGGAGAGGGAUCAAAAUCGUUCACGCGAUUGGGAAAGAGAGCUCUGGGAGCGGGAGCGGCAGAGAGAUGUGAGAAACAGUAAAGCACCCGGAAGAGAAUAUGAAGAUAAUCGAAUCUAUGAUCGGGAACGGGAACGGGAACGGUUGCCCCCGCCUCCUCCACCACCCCCCUUGCGCAAAGACAGGGGCGGUAGUCUAACGCCAGGUGGUGCGUGGAUGGACGACGGGCGAAUGUCGUCUCUUCACACCUCUGAUGGUAGCCGAGAGCCAACCAUUAGCCCUCGUUCUGCGCGCCCUCUCCCAGCACCAUCCCCCGUUCCUGAUAGCGCCUCACGGCGACGAUCAUCAGGGUUUGCAUCUCCUCGGGAGAGUGGGAUUGAAAAGCAGGCUGACUACGCGCCAUUGGACAACGGACGGAGGUACUCUCUUACGAAGAGUGUGGAAGGUGCAUGCAUCGAAGCUGAUGUUUCAACGCCGUACGACCCAGAGCAUCCGUCUGACGUAGACAAUCUUGAGGAUCGGCGAAGAACGAGGAGUCCGAGAAGACGAGGCAGCUCCCUAGAGGGUAUUAAAACGAAGGCUGAGUCAUCAAGUCUCAAUGGGCAGGAGCGAGGACACGACGACUGGUAUGGGUCAUCGGUGGUGCCGAAUCACGAUGUUCGAUCCCGCUCGGGGACCCCAAGGGCGAGAACACCUGUGUCUCGACAUUCUCGGUCCAGAUCUCGCUCGAGGCCUAGACUACGAGAGAGUGAGUCAAAUGCCAACGUCUCGUACACCGCAACACUCCAAUCUUCCAUCCAUUCCCGUACAACGUCGAGAUCGCCUUCUGCAUCGCGCAGCCAGAAGGAUGGGAGUACACCACGAUCACGCUCUCGUACUCGGACGAUCGGAUCAGGAGGAUCGCGCGAUGGAAGCAUGGAAGGCACGCGUAAAAGUGAGCGGUACGAUGGCGAAGAUCGCGAGCGCAAUGAACAAUUUAGCCGUCCUCCUUCCGCUGGGUAUCGACCUCCGGCUUCAACCUAUCGUCCAGAGUACCGUAGUUCAGCGACAUAUAGAUCCGAGUACCCUCCAGAAAGAUCCUAUCGCCCCGACCAAGAAGGAGGUGAUCGCGAAAAAGAACGCGACCGGGGUCGUGAUCCACGAGAACGCCGGUACGAACGCGAUUCUACGACUCCUACCGUACACUCACCUAGUGGGUACGCGAACGCAUCCAGUCGAGUUCCAAGUAAGACAUGGCCUGCGGAACGGGUGAUGAGUAAGCAGGAGUUUUGGGAGCGACAGGGACGGAGUUAUCGGCCUGACUAUGGGAGGAGAGGAGAGUAAACGUUUGAAUGUGACACUUUGACUGUCUUUCAAUUCAUGGACAGGAUUUUGAACAGGAGAGAUUGCGUUCAGUGUAUGACACUCGUGUAUGAUGUAGUGUAGGAGCUCUUUGAUUGUUACUUUUUAAUUGAGUUUGUAGGUGUAAAUGUAUUUUUUGGAGGCU